AUGGUGUCACAACUAGCAAAAGCUCAGCUAGUUAAUGAGACUAAACCGAUUUCAACCAAUGCCCCUCUCCGCGCACAGGAAUCAGCAUCGUCUCAAAGGCCGAAAAAGGGCAUCGUUUUGGGAAACACUGAGUCGCGGCCGCCGAUCAGCACAGUCGAUGAAAUCAUCGUCGGUUGUUCUGCGCCCGGUGAUUCGAUCCAUGCCGGCUCAGUCGCGCACUAG